AUGCGCAACCUGCGAAAUGUUUGGCUGCGGGAGACGCAGGUCCAGAGUGAUCUGCCUCUGACGGCCACGGCUUGGGACACCUCGUCUGACUCGGUCGUCUGUACCUUUGGUCCGACAGAGCAGGCCCCAAUUAUCGAGCUGCGAAGGAAGCGGCCUGAUACCCAGGCUGAUGAUCCCGCCGACCACCCGCUCAGCCGCGAUGCGCUCGAGAUUCUGGCCUCCUGGGAUGCGCCCUGCCCGUUGCCGGAUUUGUCUUGUGACCGGAUUCUGUCAUUGCACUACUUUGCCGAUAACCUGACAGCAUGUCUGGUGCUCGAGGGUGGUGAUAUUGUCAUGGUCCGCGAGGAACCCCUCCCCGGCGAAGACAAAAUUGAGAUUCUGGGCUCUGUGGAUGUCGGCAUCAGCGCUGCUGCAUGGUCGCCUGAUGAGGAGCUGCUUGCUAUUACGACAAGAGCUCGUACUCUUCUUUACAUGACACGCGAGUUCGAGAAUGUUGCUGAAAUCACAUUGGCCCAAGCCGAUCUUCAAUCUUCCCAGCACGUGUCUGUUGGCUGGGGUAAGCGAGAGACGCAAUUCCAGGGAAAGAGAGCCAAGGCCCUUCGGGAUCCUACGGUACCAGAGAAGGUUGACGAGGGAAAGCUGAGCAGCAACGAUGAUGCUGGAACCACCAUCAGCUGGCGAGGUGACGGUGCCUACGUUGCCGUGAACAGUAUUGAAGAAGGCUCUCGUCGGGCGAUUCGCGUUUACUCCAGAGAGGGUACGCUUGAUAGUGUCAGCGAGCCGGUUGAUGGACUCGAAGGGGCCCUGAGCUGGCGGCCGUCUGGAAAUUUGAUUGCAGGAAGCCAACGACUGGAGGAUCGUGUUGAUGUUGUUUUCUUUGAACGGAAUGGCCUUCGCCAUGGCCAGUUCACUUUGCGCCUCACAGAGAAUGAGCGCCAAUCCUGGGGAUCGCACAUCCAACUCUCAUGGAAUGUCGAUUCGACCGUGCUGGCUGUCCGAUUCAAAGAUCGCGUCCAACUGUGGACCACAGGCAACUACUACUAUUAUCUCAAGCAGGAGAUCCCGAUUGUCAGUGAUCCUGAAUCCUCCCUCCCAUUUUCCUUUGAAUGGCAUCUGGAAAAUGCACUGCGUGUUGUGGCUGGCUCCUCGGGAUCUAUCCUGGACUUGGAAUUUGCAUUUGAUAUCAACCACGGCUCCACUGUGAUUCCAAAUGAUGUCGGCGCCGUUGCUGUGAUCGAUGGAAAAAACCUGAAACUGACUCCCCUUCGCUUGGCGGGUGUGCCACCUCCCAUGGCUCAUAAUGAGCUGGCAUUAGACUCGAAUGCCAUUGAUGUUGCGUUCAGCAAGUCAGGUACCCGCAUCGCGGUCCUCAUGAAGGACAGUUUCUCUAUUUUCUUGUGGGCUUUGAAGAGCCGCCCGGUUCCUGUCCCUAUUCUCGAGUCAAGCUACCCACUCUCCGACGCCUCAACUAGCCGUCCCAGGCAGAUCGCAUUUGUGGACGAAAAUGAAGUUUAUGUGCUUAGGGAGCCCAAGCCAAACUCUACCAUCAUCGAGAAAACGAUGCUGGAGACUCGUUCUACUGAGGUCAUCCAUGAGGCUCUCGGUACCCGAUUCUCCUCGAUCUUCCCAGGAAUUGGUCAUGAUAGCCUGUGGAUUUCGCAUAAGCCAAUCAGCGGUGCUACAUAUUCCAGCAUCCCGUCCGGGUCUGAAGGAGACGCUGCAGUCGAUCUGUGGACUGAGAGCCCUAGCAUUGACACCCCCUUUGCUCGGGCCGUGUCUAUCUCGGAGGAUGAGAAAAUCCUCAUCUCAUUAACGAGAACAGGAACGCUAUUCGCGAAUAAGCGUGUUCUGGCAAAGAACUGCACAUCUUUCCUGGUGACUCCAUCCCACCUCCUGUUCACCACCUCUCAACAUCUUCUCAAAUUUGUUCAUCUAAACCGUGUGGAUGAGAUGGAAGUCCCCGAAGACACACCUGAGACAGAUGAGAGAUGCCGAAGCAUUGAACGAGGAUCGAAGCUGGUAUCGGUUAUUCCUUCAAUCUUUGCCGUCGUCCUCCAAGCACCCCGAGGCAACAUCGAGACCAUUUAUCCUCGCGCUCUGGUGCUGGCGGGUAUCCGAACUUUCAUCGACCAGAAGAAAUACCGAUCCGCGUUCCUUGCAUGCCGCAGCCAGAUGGUCGACAUGAACAUUCUCCAUGACUAUGCCCCGCAGCAAUUCAUGGAAAGCGUUCAGCUAUUCAUUGAGCAAGUGAAGAAGGUUGAUUUCAUUGAUGACUUCCUCUCUCGUUUGAAGGAGGAGGAUGUCUCGCAAACAUUGUACAAAGACACCCUCAAGAUAUCCAAGCUGGAGUCGGCCGUUGUUGCCAAGCCAGAUGCGCCAGCUGCGCCUUCUACUCAGAGCCCAGGGAGCAAGGCUAGCAAGGUCAACUCUAUUUGUGAUGCUUUCCUAGCAGUCCUCAAAGGCCGCGUGGAUACCAAUCUACAGAACCUGGUCACAGCGCACGUGUGCAAGUCGCCGCCUGAUCUGUCAGCAGGAUUGGAACUCGUUGCUGGAUUGCGAGUGGAAAACCCCGAACAAGCUGAUGAUGCUAUUGAGCACAUGUGCUUCUUGACAGAUGCCAAUCGGCUCUACUCUCACGCUCUGGGACUUUACGAUCUGGAGCUCACUCUUCUGGUGGCUCAGCAAGCACAGAUGGACCCCCGAGAAUACCUUCCAUUCCUUCGUAAGCUGCAGCAGCUGCCCGAGACCCGACGACAAUUUGAAAUCGACAACCACCUCUCCCGCUUCGAAAAGGCUUUGAAACAUCUCUUUACUCUUGCUGCUCAUGAGGAACUCAGGUCCUAUGUUAUCAAGCACGUCCUCUACAAGGAGGCCUUGGAAGUGUACAAGUACCAGCCAGAGCAGCAGAGGGAGAUCACACACCUCUAUGCCGAAUACCUCACAGACCAAUCGAAGCACAAGGAUGCAGCAAUUGCUUACGAAUCGUUGGGACUUUACGACGAAGCUCGCAAGUCUUACAAGCUUGCCCACAUGUGGCGCGAAUCUUUGUACAGUGCAAUGAUGGCCGAUCUCCCAGAGAGCGAACUGGCUGCGCACACAGCCGAGCUCGCCGAGACACUCACCGACGAACUCCGCGACUACAUCUCAGCGGCAAUUGUCUAUGCCGAACACCUGCACGACAUUGUCACCGCCGCACGACUCCUGUGCCGCGGCUCGAAGUUCGCCGAUGCAGCUCGUCUCCUCACCCUCCAUGGUAAGAAGGAAUUGGUCGAGGAAAUCGUCGACACUGGCCUCGCCGAGGCAAUGGGUUCCAUGACCGAUCUCCUUGCCGACUGCAAGAAUCAGCUGAAUGCCCAGGUUCCCCGCGUUGGUGAACUUCGCAAACUCCGCGCCGAAGAUCCCCUCGCCUUCUACGGAGGAGACCCAACCGGCGGCGAAGGUGGUGUCGAUAUCCCGGACAACGUUUCUCUCGCCCCGACCGAGACAUCCACUCUGGCCGGCCGCACCAUGUUCACGCGGUACACCGGCAAGACCGGCAAGACCGGCGCGUCUCGACAGACGUCCCGUAAUCGCCGACGCGAGGAGCGCAAGCGCGCUAAGGGCCGUAAGGGUACUGUUUACGAAGAAGAAUACCUCGUCAACAGCAUCAGACGUCUUAUCGAGCGAGUCAACACGGCUGUCCCGGAAGCCGAGUCGCUCGUCGACGCCCUGUUGCGUCGUGGGAUGCGCGAGCGCGCCGCGGCUGUUGAGAAGGCUUUGGCGGAUGUCAUGAAGAUGUGCGCCGACUGCCGUGAUGAUGUGUUCGAGGUGCAGAAGGUUGAAGCACCGAAGCCUGAGGAAGGCGAAGAUGGAAUCUAUGAGGAGCCUUCUCUUGCUCUUCGGGGUGGGUCUGCAGUUCUUGCGGAGAGCCUGGAUUUCCUCGAGGGAGGAGCGCGCGUCAAGCCGCCGCCUGUUCUUAAGGAGAUGAAGAAGUCUUCCCUGCUGGCAUAG